AGCGUCAAUCCCAAAAAAGCUUAGCGCACGCAGAACGGCGCCAUGUGUCAUGUUGGACGGCGGGCUCGCGCCGAAACGUCCUGACUGAUCGCGCUCUGAUCGAAAAGUGGGCUUUAAUGGACGUUUAUUAUGCGGUGUGGUGCUCAUGCGCGAAGUACAGAAGAACUUCGUGUAUCGAUUUCUUAGGAUUCCGUGCGGUGGGGGUCAUGUUUUUUCGUUCCGGUCGGGGUAGCGUGGCACCAGGCGGCGGAGCGUUUCCGAAGUUAACAGGGCGCAUGUGAAGGAUUGGAUAUUAAAGACGCAGUACACACGUUUAAAGACGAAGUACACACUGCGUCCGAGCCGCAAACAUGGAGAAGAAGAAAAGCGCACUGGAUCUGGAACGGGAACGGGAGCGCUCGUACUGCGAACUUUGCGGGAAAAUGGAAAACCUCCUCAAGUGCGGUCGGUGCCGCAGCUCGUUCUACUGCAGCAAGGAGCACCAGAAGCAGCACUGGGGGACGCACAAGCUGAUAUGCAAAGAGGCGGACACGGCGGCGGCAGCGCAGCAGGGUCCUAAACAGACCCCCGAACCGGCGCUGUCUGCACGGGAGGGCAAGGAACCGGAGCGAUCCAAACAAAAGAACCGGAGCGCCGAGCAACCGGAGCCGAGCGGCGAGCGCAUGAGAGGCUUCAUCACCAACGCCGAGGGACCGGAGGAGGUCAUGGACAAAUCAAGUGGGGGUGUUGGUGGCAAUAACAAUGCCAAGCCCAAUGGACAGACGAGACCGUCCCCGCAGAAGCUCGCAACAGACUACAUCAUCCCGCUGAUGAACAAGAACGGGAUCUGCGUGGUGGACAACUUCCUCGGCGCGGAGACCGGGGUUUGCAUCCUGCAGGACGUGAAGGCGCUGCACCAGACCGGCCGGUUCACAGACGGCCAGCUGGUCAGCCAGAAGAGCGACUCCACCAAGGACAUCCGAGGGGACAAGAUCACGUGGAUAGACGGACAGGAGAAGGGCUGCGAGAAGAUCCGCUUUCUGAUGAGUAGGAUGGAUGAUCUGGUCAGACAUUGCAACGGGAAACUGGGAAACUACACGAUAAACGGAAGGACUAAAGCGAUGGUGGCGUGUUACCCGGGCAACGGGACUGGAUAUGUGCGGCAUGUGGACAACCCGAAUGGUGACGGACGCUGCGUCACAUGCAUAUAUUACCUUAACAAAGAUUGGGAUGUCAAGGAACAGGGAGGCCUGCUCCGGAUCUUCCCCGAGGGCAAGACCCAGUUCGCGGACAUCGAGCCCAAGUUCGACCGGCUGCUGCUGUUCUGGUCGGACCGGCGGAACCCCCACGAGGUGCAGCCGGCGCACUCCACCAGGUAUGCCAUCACGGUCUGGUAUUUCGACGCGGACGAGCGGGCCAAGGCUAAAGAGAAGUACUUAACGGGCGCCGGGGAGAAAGGAGUGAAGGUGGAACUCAACAAACCCUCAGACCCCAGCUAGUGUCUGCCUCGCAGACCCCCCCCCCCCCCCCCCCUCCCUGCAAGAACCCUCAAUCAAGUGCUCUGUCCUCAGAAGUGGCCUAUAGCGAGCGAGAGAGAGAGAGAGAGAGAGAGCGAGUGUGUGUAUUUUUUGUGUGUCUGCGCUUGUACGUGCAACGGCUGGUGUGAAUCAAUACGGAGCGCCGACAUCGCCGGAGCGAACGCCGACCAUCAAUGUAAGCGCCGGUUUGAAAAAAAAGCAACGCUAAAUACAAUCGCAGUUUCUUUCAUUUCACCCCCGGGGGAACUCGGAAAACCCCGAUGGCUUUGAUUGUCAAGACAUUUUACCGAGAGGAACAGUCGCCCGUUUGUUUGUUUCCCCCCCCCUCCUCCUCAUCCAUGUCUCACCUUUUUUGGUGUCGCCAGGCUUUCAUGUUAGAGCUGAGCACAGAAGUCGGGCCCAGGUGGACAAUUCUGCUUUUUAUGCUCUCCACAUUGUGGUUCUUGCAGUUGAUUCCUUCAAGGUACAGUGUUCUGCAUAAGAUUGUUUAUUGAUGCUUUUCACAUGGAAUGAGCUGUCAUAAGCUGUGGUUUGAUUGUACUUGAGUUUUUCAAUAGCUCGAGUGGUGAACGCAAUUAAAAAGAAACACCUUUUUCUGACUGUUGAA